AUGGAUUGCUAUUUUCGAAUAACGCGGAACGCAGGUUCUGGCUCCAGCAGCCACGGGCACAUUAAGUUUCAACGACCGUGGUUACCGGCUUGGAGGUUUCUCGUGCACCAUCGCGACGCCCUUCCAUUGCCGCCUUCCUGCCAUUGCCCUUACGUGCCGUUCCGCUCGGCCAUGGACCUCGGGAUUCUCCUCGCGUUCGCCGUCAUGGUCGCGUCCAUGAUUCUCGUCUGCGCCUACCGCCUCUGCCGCGUAAUCUUGGCGGAGGAGCAGGCGGAGCGUGCGCGGGAGCGCGAGCGCGCGUUGCGCGAGAGGGCUGCGCGCAGCCGGCUGGCGGAGGCGCUGGAUCCGAAGCUGCUGGGGGCGUUCAGCGACCUCGUGACCUACGCGGAUGUGAAGCUAGCGCAGCUAGCGCGAGACGCGGAUGUGCUGCUAGCGCGACACGCGAAUGUGAAGCUAGAGCGAGACGCGGAUGUGCUGCUAGCGCGACACGCGAAUGUGAAGCUAGAGCGAGACGCGGAUGUGCAGCCAGCGCGAGACGCGGCUACGGGUGGAAGCGCGCCGAGCUCUCCCUGCACUGCCAAGGGCUCGGUGACGCUGGCAGAUGUGACUGUUGCGGAGGUGAAGCUACCAGGGAUUGAUGAUUCACGCGUGGGCGAUGGUAGUUCCUUACAAGAGGAUGGGACGACUGUUGUGGUGGACAUUCGAGGAGAGGGCACUGGGGCAGACGGCAGUGAGUGCAGCAGCAGGAAGGCUGAGUGUCUCACAGGCUGUGAAUCAACAUCAUCAGAACCGCAUUAUGCUGCUUCUAAGCACUCCUCUCCAUUAGGUGGUGAGGGGCAGGGCUUGUUACCGGAUGCAAUGCCUGCAGGACAGCCCGAAUGUGCAGCAGUGGCAGGUAGUGGCGACACAGUUGGUGCAAGUGAGGUGGCGGUUCCUGUGAUUGCUGUGACGGCCGCUGAGUGCGCCGUGUGUCUGGUGGAGUUUGAAGAUGAUGACAUGCUGCGCCGCAUGCACUGCUGCAGACACCUGUUUCACCAGGUGAGCUUGGGGGAGGGGAGUGCUGAGUCAUGGGGGAUGGGAGUGCUGAGUCAUGGGGGAGGGGAGUGCUGA